CGUUGAACAUCAAAAAUCAAAAUAACAAAUAUGUAAAAAAAAAAAAAUAAAAACCAAUUUGUACUAAAUAAGCGAAAUAAUAAUAUAAAAUUACACUUUUAACUUCCUAAGAAAGUUAAUACAAUAUUUUAAUAUAAUUUCCUGAUACAAUACCUAAUGUUAUACUAUGUAACAUAGUACAACUAUAGCCUGUACAACACUACAAUGAUGAAAUUUUUUUGUUUUCUUCACUCUGUUCUCCAUCUAAUAUUACCGGCGGUGGUCUCUUCAAUAGUGAAUUUUUUUUUCUUUUUCUUCGAACUUCAUCAGCGGCGGUAUUUGAUCUCAAUCACAGGCAGUCUUUGAUCACCAUCACCGGCAGUUUUGAUCUCCAUCAACUGGUAUUCUUUCAAUCUCCAUCACUUUUGCUCUUCAAUUAUCUCUUUUCUCAAAUGUUUAAAAGGUAUCAAAACCCGAAUCGGCAUCACUGGCGAUUUGAGUCGCGAAUCCUCACGACUCCGACACGGACAUUUUCGAUCGGAGACCGGAGGUUCAAUCCGCAUUUUGCGCUUCAAUGCUACAAGCAUUUUAAGUGGGAGCUUCAUCAUGCAUACUAUAAUCCUAAUGUGACAAAGGAAAAGAUGUUAGAAAAAAUGCCUAAAAAUGUGACAAAUGAGCAAUGGAUUAACUUAGCUUCAUAUUGGUGCUCAGAAAAAUUUAAGACAUUGUCAUCGCUUGGGAAAAGAACUCAUGGAAUACAAGAUCAAGUGUGUAUGAUAGGCUCACAAAGUUAUGCUUGUGGGAAACGUGACUUUGUUGAGAGAAUAGAAGAUGGAUUGCAAUUUAUGUACGCUCAUGCUGGUUUUAGCUUUUCAUCUAAUACACUUGAAAUCCCAAAGAAAACUUGUGGAAUACUCUCAAGGAUUGCUAUUGAACUUCAAAAGUUGAGAAAACCUCAAUACAAACUAAACUGUAGAAACAAUUUAAUUUGUUAGAAAUGGUUAUGGUUAUUAUUUUGUAACGGUUAUCAACAUUUUGAUAUUUGAACAUAUUAUCCAUGUUAAUUUGCACCAAAUAUAAUGAAAAAUUGUAAAUUGCUUUUAGGUUCAAAUAUAUGUUAAUGAGUAAAUUAUGGCUUAAUCGCUUGAUGUGGGAAAAUUAUAUA